GAGUAAAAGUUGUAAUCUUACAGGUACCCGGUUCAACACACUACAGUAUGAUAUUUUAUUUUGUAACUAAGGAAUUAGUAACUGGAUCCCUGUUGCGACGAUUUGUUGAUGGUUAUGAUGAGUUCCGAAAUAGCAGGCUGAAGCUCAUCCCAUCAGUUCCCAAGGCUCCAUGGAUGGUGCGCCGGAUUGUUGGAAGCACCCCUCAUUUCCUAGGAAAAGUAGUUGAUUGCAAUUAUAUCCGUGGUCCAAAGUACUUGGAGAUUGAUGUUGAUUUUGGUUCUUCAACUGUUGUUGAUGGAGCUUUGGCCUUUGUAAAUGGUGCAAUUCCUAACUUGGUUGUUGACAUGGCUUUCCUUGUACAGGUAUGUUCUCUUUAUUAAUCCUGACCAUCUUAA